AUGACAUCCCCUGCGCCUGCGCACCAAGACAACUCUCAUAUCGUUUCUCUUGUUCUACAGUCGAAGAAGGCGCUUCAGCACGGCAAGACACUCUGUUCCCGCGCGAGUGACCUGUCCAACUCCUCCGCCCAGGAUGCGCUCGACAUCCUUGCGUUAAAUGCCAAGGUCAAAUGGCUCAGUGAUGCUGUGUUGGAGCAGCUCAAGUUGUCUGCGAGUGUAGCGAAGGCCAUUGAAGAGAGGAGGACGAAACUGGAGAAACAAACUCGGGCCUGGGAUACCCUUCGUACUGAGCGUACGGACAUUCUAGACGGGAUUCUCGAAUCCCUAGGACGCCAGCUCGUGCCUCCCGACUUUCAUGAGAACUCUUCCGAUUCAUCCUUAUUUGGAAGCCAAGACUCCGAACCAGAACAGCAGGCGCAACCUGGCGAGUCGUUCAUACCGGGACAGAGUCCCACCUUGACUAUUCGACAUUCGAAUGGUUACGAACAGCAUAGACGUGCCAAGGCCAAGUCUCAGAAGCACGACAGAAGCCGCUGGAGGUCUUUGCGCGACUUUGUAGAUGAAAGAGCCAUCGAAGAUGCUCUUGAAACAAUUGAGAGCGAGCGAAGCGCGCUUGAUGAUGUUCUCGCGACUACAGCUGACUAUCCGGUGACUUUGCAUGAUACGCUGACCGCCAUCCGGAAAGCCUUACCUCCGUCACAUUCUGUCAAUAUUGAAGACGUUCUGAACGUGCAGGAUACCAUAUCAAAUUCUAUGGCCGAACAGCUUGCCAGUUUGGUCGGGCAUUAUGAUGAAAUGGAAAGUGCGCUGAGAAAUAGCGAAUCUGGUGAGGUUUUUGGAGAAGAAGAUCUGCGAGAUAUGAAUCGAGACGCAGAUGAGCUUCCUUCUAUUAUUUCUGAGCUCGAAGAAUCAUGUUCAUCAAUAGAGAGCAGCCAUGAAGAACUACUUGCCGCUAAGAGCUUGAUGCAUCAGCAUCUGGAAAUACAUCGAACUGUCUUAAACGAUCUAGAAGAGCUCGGUGAUAUCAUGAGCGAGAUGCUCCAACGAGAGCAAGAGGUUGAGAGGGGCUGCCUUGAGCGACUUGAAACUCUCCAUCAACAUCUACAAGACUUUGAAGCCCUGUCGAACCAAUUCGAAUCUUAUCAAUUUUCGUUCAACAAGCUUCUGAUCGAGAUGGCUAGACGGAAACAGUACAAGGAAGCGGCAGAACACAUUGUACGAGGCAUGCUUGCUCAAUUAGAGGCCAUGACAGAAGAGGAACAACAGAUGCGACGGGAUUUCAAUGUGGAGCACGGCGUGCAUCUUCCAGCGGAUAUUUGUCUUAAUAUCGAGAACCCACCGACACGGUGGGAUGUUGUUCCACUCGAUGGAGAUGCGAUCGAGACGAUUCCUGAUAUUGACGACGAUUUGUUGACGCAGGCAAAGGAUGUCGUCGCGCACGUGGAAGGGCCCACCCAUGGCAGUCAGAGCUUGUGA